UCAAAGACAUCAAAGAUUUCUGAACAAUUUCAUUUGGUUUUACGUGUUUUCCAAUUUUCCAUUUAAUUUUAUAAUUAAUAAUAGAUAUAAUUUAACAAUUUCAUAAAGUUAAUGACGUUAAGUUUAUUACUUUAGGCGUUGGUAGCUUCGUUAUUCCGUGCAGUGAUAAAUAAAAAUGACUUAUUCUGAAUACACAAAGUUGAAACAACAGAUUGUAUAUAAUUUAGGGAAAAGUGAAAACCACCACCAUUUGUUGCUAAAAUUAAAGGAGUUUUAUAGAGACGAUAUAGAUUCUGAGCGUAGGUUUGAACUGGUAGACACAAUAGGCAAGUUACUGAAGAUUCUAGAAAUAAGAGAUGUUCUUUCUGAAGACAAUAUCGGGCCUUUAAAAGAAAUAGCAAGAAGAUUAAAUAAUGAUGAACUCCUCCAGCGAAUAUCGGACUAUGAAAUGCAUCACGUUCCUAGGGAAUAUAUAAAUUACUAUGCCAUUGAAAACAAGCAACCCACUAUAAAGAAGGAGAUGGAGGAUAGGGGUAUGAACAACCAAUUUAGUGUACCAUUGGCUAAAAAACAAGAAAUAAAGCGUACAAUCAUCGAGGAAAUUGGGAAAUACUGGCGUGACCUCGCCAGAAAUCUCAAGAUACGAGAAAUCACAAUUGAAGAUAUUGAUAUCAAACAUGAUAAACAGAGUGAAAAAGCAAAAGAAAUGUUAGAGGCAUUUUUUGAACGAUGUGAUAAACAAAGGUGGUUAUAUGUUUUAUGUGAAGCUUUAGAGAAAUCACGCAGAAAGGAUUUGAGUAAAUCUAUUCAAGAAAUUAUGGUCAUGAAUAUGUGAUUGCCAAAAAUAUUUUUAUUGCAGGCAUAACUGAGAAGGUUCCUGAGGUAAUAAGCCUCCUCAGUUAUACGCUAUCUACCUGCAGGAGUCUCCUCAGUUAUGCGCUAUACCGAUAAUAAUAAUCAUAUAGAAAUGAUUGAUUAUAAUAAUUGCCAUCCAAACUUAUUAUUGGUCCAGUUAUGUAAUAAAAAUACGGUUUUUAUAAACAUAACAUAAUUUAUUUGAAACUUUGAAUUGUCUUAAAAAGGUUUUUAAAAACAAUUAUUAUAAAAAUGUAUAUUAAGGCACAUCAGUUAAUGUUGUACAAUAUUUAAAAAAAUAUAUGUAAAUUUUUUAUUAUCUA